GUCGUGAUCGCUUCACCACUUGCGUCACACCAGCUGCACAUAUAUAUAUAGGAGAUCUUAUUCAUUUGGUGCUUCGCGCCGUAACACUGAAGAACGACGACCAAACAAUAAUGGUCGCCUGCAGCAACCUGAGGCUUUUGGCGGCGGCGGCGGCGCUGGCGUUCCUGGCGCUGGCGGCGGCGGCUGCCACCGUGUGCUCGGCGCAGCAGCAGCAGCAGCUCCGUCGCAACUACUACGCGAGCGUGUGCCCAAACGUGGAGUCCAUCGUCCGCGACGCGGUGGCGAGCAAGUACAGGGAGACGUUCAUCACGGUGGGCGCGACGGUGCACCUCUUCUUCCACGACUGCUUCGUCGAGGGCUGCGACGCCUCCGUGGUGGUGGCCUCCACGCCCAACUCCACCGCCGCGGAGAAAGACCACCCCGUGAACCUCUCCCUCGCCGGCGACGGCUUCGACACCGUGAUCCGCGCCAAGGCCGCCGUCGACGCCGUGCCGCGGUGCCGCAACCGGGUCUCCUGCGCCGACAUCCUCGCCAUGGCCACCCGCGACGCCAUCGCGCUGGCCGGCGGCCCGUCCUACGCCGUCGAGCUCGGCCGCCUCGACGUGGCGGUGACCAUGGACGUGGUGACGCCGCGGGUGUUCGACAACCAGUACUUCCGGAAUUUGCAGGCCGGGAUGGGCCUCCUGGCGUCGGACCAGCUGCUGUACACGGACACCAGGUCCAGGCCCAUUGUCGACGCGUUGGCACGGAGUAGCGUCGCGUUUGAACGGGCCUUCGUGGAGGCCAUCACCAAGAUGGGCCGGAUUGGGGUCAAGACGGGGGCCCAAGGGAACAUCCGACGGAACUGCGCGGUGCUCAAUUGACCUGGUGAAAUUCAAAGUGAGGUGUUUCUAGCUUCUUUGUUGCUGCACUUGUACUCGUCAUCCAUGGACAAAUCUGCACAUAUUGAUGUGGGCACUUGUAGUUGUAGAACUCGAGUUGUUUCUGAUC